AUGGCUACUAAUCCCUCGACUAAUCCUCUUUCAUGCAGUGUGUGCUUGGAGAUGUAUACAGAUCCUCGUGUCCUGCCUUGCCUUCAUGUGUAUUGUCUACAUUGUAUUGAGGGUCUUGUUAUUGAUUCUAAUGUAACUUGCCCUCAAUGCAGAGCCAAGCACCCAGUAGAAAAUAACCAGGUCGAUUUCCCUGUCAAUCUGUUGAUUCUUUCAAGUUUGGAGGAGUCUGUGGGCAAAUCGAAAGAGGAGAAAAAGAUAUGUGGGUUCUGCACAGAAGGAGAUGCUGCCAAAGGCUAUUGUGUGGAUUGUCAAGAAUACCUUUGCCAGUAUUGUUGGGACGUUCACAAGAGAAGUAAAAUGUUUCUUCGUCAUAAAGUCUUGCCAGCUGAUGAAGUUUCUUUAAGCAAGGCUCCUGCCAUAUUCAAACACCCAGCAACUUGCAUCAGUCAUCCUGAAUACAAGCUGGAGGUGUAUUGUAAAACCUGUGUCUCACUCGUUUGUUGUAAAUGCAUACUGGGAUCAGGACACAAAGGUCAUGAAAAUGCUUUGGUUGAAGAGGCCAAAGAAGAAGUUAAAGAAAAGAUUCAAUCGCUUUCAGAAGCUGCUCUUUCAAAUGAACCUUACUUUGAAUUUUGCAUUAAGCUUAUGAAAAAAAUUGAAGAAAUAGCUCAUAGCAAACAAGAGGAAUUGCGUAGUAAAGUUACAACUUUUAUUGAAGUUUUGACAUUGUGGGUUGAAGAAGCAUUCACUGAGGAUAAUGAGAGGAUAUUGGCAGCAAGCAAUGAUCUACAAAUGGUUUUUUCUCAGAUUAAGUCUAGUCGGUCAUUUAAUACCAAAAUCCAGGAAAAAGUUGGCAAUGAGCAAUAUCUUUUGCUAAUUAAUCAAGUGCUUCGAUGCCUCGUAAAAAUAAAUGAGACGAGUAAAACAAGCUUUCUUGAGUCAGUAUGGAACAUUAACAGCAUUGACAAACACUUUAAAGAGAAGGUUGAUAGUAUUGUUGACCUUAAUCUUAUAAAAGAAACUGAGGAAGAUAAAAUUUUUCCAGUUUCAGAUGAGGAUGAAGAAGACGAAAUUUUCUCAGGUGGCUCAGAGGACAAACUUUUUUCUGGGGGUGGCAUUUUCUCAGAAAGCAUUGAUAAAAAGGAGAAAGCAGAUAUCGUAUUCAUGCUGUCAACUGCUAAACCAGUGAUAAUAAUAAAUCAGAAAAAAUCAAUCAAAGCCCAAGCUGUUUUUGAUCAUCCUUUUGCAGAAUUGACUGAAUGGUCUUGUGCAUCUGUGUAUUAUCCUGAUUGCUUACCAUCUACUGAAGUUGUAGAUAGUAAUACAGUUGAAGUUAAGUUUGAUGUAGCGGCAGGGCUCCUAGAUCUAACUGGUGAAGCAACAUUUCUUUUUCACUUGUCACCAAAAAAUAUUCCAUCAUUUAUAGUUGAGUUUAAAGUAACAGUACUAGUGAUGGAGGAAGAAUCAGACGAUGAACAAUUUCUGAUUUAA